CGAUGAUACCCCUUUAUUCUGUCUUCUCGUUCUGGUUUUGUGAAGAAGCCAACAUGGCGGCUCGGAACUUUCUUUACCCUUUGCAAAAAGUCACCACACGAGGAGCGGCUGUGUUUUUCUGUCGCUUUUUAGCUUCCUCUGCUACCAAACCGCUGCGACUUUAUAAGUCCAGCUUGCAGAGAUUACCAGGCUCCUCCCCCUUUAUAUCCUCAAGUCACUUAUUCUGCACAGCGGCACCGGUGAAGGAUAAGGAUCCUGGGAGCCGAUACAAGGAUGCCCCCUGGGAUUACUUGGAGAGUGAAGAGUACAUCAGUAGGUAUGGAACCAAUCCAGCGUGGACCGGUUACAGGAGGAACCACAAAGGUGGCAUACCCCCACAGAAGACCCGCAAGACUUGCAUUCGAGGAGAGAAGAUUUGUGGAAACCCUUGUCCAGUUUGCCGGGAUCCAAACAUUAUCAUCCACCAUCAGAAUGUGAAAUUGUUGCAGCAGUUCAUCAGUCCUCACACUGGAAUGGUGUUCGAUGCCACUCAAACAGGUGUGUGUAGGAAACAACAGAAGAAGUUAAAUGAGGCCAUCAACCUUGCCCGAGACCAGGGCUUGUUGCCAUUUCAGAUUCCACAUGUGGACUUUUCAGGAGUGGAUUACUCUAAUUCUCACGAUGCUGUGGGCUCCACACCACCUCCCUCGUUCAUGACAUCUGGUGAGACUUGGUAUAAGUGGUAUGGUGAGAUUACGCCGGAUGAGGAAGAAGUGGCUAAAGUGAGGAAGCUCUACAAACCUUAUUUGAAGUAGUGGG